UGUCCUGCGGAAUGAAAAAGAAGGCGGCAGGCCCUGGCCUCCGAGGACCACCUGUGGACCUGAGAUUCUCAAAUAGGGUGUCCCACUCUGCACUCAUCCGCCGUGGCCCAAUGCGGGCCAGGCAGUGGCUCCCGUGGCCCGAGCCCCAGGAGCUGGGGUCUGAGAUAAAAAUCUAUGGCUGUCCCUAAGGACCAGUCCACGUCCACCCUGCAGAACUGUUGCACUUUCCUUGAGGAGCGUUGCUACUUGGUGUUCGACGGAGGGCUGGCGUUUUUGCGGCCAGAAUCAGAACCGCAAUAGCGAGGAUUCCACCUCCACCUGCAGAUUUGUGCUGAGCUGAGCGGCGGGCGAGCCGCAGAGGCGAACAGACGCGCUGCCUGCCUGCUGCUGCCUGGGGCCCAAACGGUAGGGCCAGACACGACAGGCUGGGGGCAAGACACACACACACACACACACACACACACACACACACACACACACACGCACGCACACACAAAGAGAGAGACUCAUGAGGCCCGGGACAGGCGCGGAGAGGAGGAACCAUUUUGCUGGGUCGAAUUUUCGCGUUUCUUUGUCCGUGUCGGGGGCGUUCCGUGAUCCGCGACCGGGCUUGCGGAAGGAGCAUCUCUAGAGGACGACCGCGAGGGCGGCGGGCAACAUUGGCCGCGAUCCGAGCGCCACCAUGACGCCUCCCGGGUGCGCAGCCGGCUCGGGGCCCCGUCGCCUGCCCCCGCCGCACACACGCGCCGCGCCGGAUCCGAAGCGGGCUGGGGAGUUAUGUAAGCCCCUGGCGGGAGGGGAGAGGGUCUUUGAUGUGUGCGUCUCUCGCGGCGGCGGCGGCGGCGGCGGCUCGAGCGGCUCAGGUUGAUGCAGAACCCGAUGACAGGGGCCUGGCGCGAGCGCACGGCUGACGAAAGCGGCUUAGCCCGCUCGGUUUCCAUGGCGACGAGCGGGCGCGGCGGCGGCGGCGGCGGCGGCGGCGGCGGCGGCGGCGACCGCGCGUCCGCGGGGGGCUGCAGGAGGAAGGCGGCGGCCGCGGCCGGGACCCUCGCGGCAGACAUGGACUCGCACUGCGACUGUGCCGCCGAGACGCCGGCCGCCGAGCAGCCGUCGGGCAGGAUCAACAAGGCCGCGUUCAAGUUGUUCAGGAAGAGGAAAUCGGGCGGCGCGAUGCCCAGCAUUUUCGGGGUCAAAAACAAAGGGGACGCGAAAGGCUCGGGUCCGACGGGGAUGGCGAGGAGCCGGACCCACGACGGCCUGGCCGAGGUGCUGGUGCUGGAGAGCGGCAAGAAGGAGGAGCCGCGCGGCGGCGGCGGGGGCGGCGGGGGUCGGCCGGGCGCGGCGGCGGCGGCGGCGGCGGCGGCGGCGGCGGCGGGGGGCGCCCCCAGGGCGGCGGGCCCCGGCGGGGGCUCCGCGGCCCCCAGCGCCGUGGCCAAGUCGCACAGCUUCUUCUCCCUGCUGAGGAAGAACGGGCGGCCGGACAGCGGCCGGGGCGAGCCCGCGGACGCGAGCAGGGCCGGCGGCAAACAAAAGAGGGGGCUCAAGGGGCUCUUCAGCAGCAUGCGCUGGCCCAGGAAGGACAAGCGGGCCAAGGCGGAGGCCAAGGGCGAGCGCGCGGGGGCGCCGGGCGGCCUGGUCCUGCCGGGCUCGCUCACCGCCAGCCUGGAGUGCGUCAAGGAGGAGACGCCCGCGCCCGCGCCCGCGCCCGCGCGCCAGCCGGAGCAGCCGCGCGGGGACGCGCCGCCAGAGCCAGCAGCAGGCUGCGGAGAUAUUAUUGCAGACCCGGAGGACGAGGCGGGUCCCAGCUGCGACAAGCAUGCCCCCGGGCCUGGCAAGCCAGUCCUGUCUAAAAAGAACCCCGGCGUGGUGGCCUACCAGGGCGGCGGGGAGGAGAUGGCGAGCCCGGACGAGCUGGACGACACCUAUCUCCAGGAGUUCUGGGACAUGCUGUCGCAGACCGAGGACCAGGGACGAGGGCCCCAGGAGGCAGCGGCCACGGCGGCGGCGGCGGCGGCGGCGGCGGCCCUGGACGCCCAGGUGGGGCCGGAGACCCCCAAAGACGCCAGGUGCGCAGAAGGGGCCAAGGACGUGCCGUUAGGCAAGCACCGGAGGCUCAACCGGGUUCCCAUGGAGCUCCAUCCCAAGGAGGAGCCCAAACCCCCGGAGAAGGAGCAGCAGGAGGGCGUCCCCAACAGCGACGAGGGCUACUGGGAUUCCACCACUCCGGGCCCGGAGGAGGACAGCGCCGGCGGCGGCGGCGGCGGCGGCGGCCAGGAAGGCGGCCAUCCCCGGGAUAGCUACAGCGGGGACGCGCUCUACGACCUCUACUCCGAUCCGGAUGCGGGCCCGGCCGUCGUCCCCGCCAGCGAGGAGACGGCCUGCUUGUCCCGGCUAAAGCCCGUGUCCCCGGUCACCAUCACCUGCCCGCUGCGCACACCAGGCAGCCUGCUGAAGGACUCUAAAAUCCCCAUCAGCAUCAAGCACCUCGCGAACCUCCCGUCCAGCCAUCCCGUAGCGCACCAGCAACCGGUCAGGAGUGAGAUGCCCAGAACAAAAAUCCCGGUUUCCAAAGUGCUGGUCCGCAGGGUCAGCAACAGGGGCUUGGCUGGGACCACCAUCCGGGCAGCGGCGUGCCACGACACUGCCAAAAAGUUGUGAGGUCUCCGAGGCCGACGUGCAUGGACCACACGUCAAGGAAUACAACUUUCCCUGGGAACCACUGAAAUAAGUUUUGCUUCCCCCUAAACGGAGGCUCUUAGGACCGUCCCUGCUCCAGAGCCUAGACCCAGGAGGUCCCUGUGCGGCCAGCAGGGGCAGCAGGAUACAGCGUGGAGGGGGUGCUACACAUGGGAUUCUCCUCUCAAGAUAAGUUUCCUGAGAAUUAUUUUCAAGCACUUUUAAUUUUUUUACCUUUAAAAACAAAAAAUCUUUGCUUUUCCUUUUUUUGCUUUGAUGCGCUCAACACUUGGAAGUCACCUUUACUUGCCUUUGCAGAAAACAGGACUUAACCAAACAAACCUAAGUAAGCGUCAUGCCGUGAUACUCGGCCGUGCCAGGCAGGGUGCAAAGAGGGCCUGGAGGAACCACUGCCAACCCCAGAGGAGCCCUUCCUCUCCCAAGACACUUUCCUUCCUUCCUUCCUUCUUUUCCUUUUUCUUUCCAGGAAAAAAAAGAGAGAGAGGGAGAGAGGGAGAGAUAGAAAGAAAGAAAGAAGGAAAGAAAGAAAGAAGGAAAGAAAGAAAGAAAGAAAGAAAGAAAGAAAGAAAGAAAGAAAGAAAGAAAGAAAGAAAGAGAAAAGAAAGAGAAAAGAAAAAAAGACCCUUUGCCGUACCACUGUGUGGGAAACACUCCCAAAGCUGAAAGAGUCUGGUCUUCACCUGAUGAGCAGAGGGGAUCAGUGAUUGGCAGAAAAUUUGCCUACUUUCAGUUGUUGGGUAUGCAAAUAGGUCACUAUUUACCACCAGGACCAUAAAGGAGCACUUUGGUUUGCUUGGUUUAGAUCAUUUGUUUGGGGAGAAGUAAAAAGCUCAACAGAGCAGGAUUUCUUUCUUUCUUUCUUUCUUUCUUUCUUUCUUUCUUUCUUUCUUUCUUUCUUUCUUUCUUUCUCCUUUUUCUUUCCCACCCAGUGAAGAAAUUAGGAUCAGGGAAAGAUUUCACUAAAAUGCCAAGAGACACAGUAUUUUAGCAUUUAUAAACUGUAACCUUUUCAUGUGUACAUAAUGCAUAUUUUACAGUUUAUCCAGCUGUUAACAUUUUAUAAUCUAUCAGUAACCUCGAAUUUAAAAUCUGGUUUUAUAACUAGUUAUGAUAACUAUCCCUGAACUAUUGAUGUUCUUUUAUGUACUGUAACCUCAAGCAAUUCUGUUUUUGUUUUAUAUGGGUUCUCUGGCUCUCAAUGCAGGGGUAAAAAAAACAAAAAAAAAAAAAACAAAAAAAAAGAAAGAAAGAAAGAAAAAAAGAAAAGUCUAUUGUGUUGACCUCCCAGAGGAAUGGUUCUGUUUUGUCUUGGGUAAGAGACUAUUUAUCAGAGAUUUUUACCUUGGUUAUAAAAAUUUUGGAUUCCACCAUUCUACAAUAUAGGGAGUCCCAAAUGAGGAAUAUAUAAAGAAAAAACAAGAGAAAAACACAGUUUUUCCUGUUAGUUGACUUUUGCUUUAUGGACUUGUGAUUGGGACAGGUAUGUUCAGAAUAUGACACUGGCAAGCAUAUGUAUCAUAAACAUUCUAUGCCAAGAUUUUUUUUUUGAAAAGUGGCUUCCUUAUAUGUAUGUUUCCUGUUAUUUUAGAUGAAACAUUUAUUUCAGAACAGGUUACCAUAUGCCUGGAUACUUUGAGUGAUUAACUGAAGCAGCUCCUAGAACGCUAUUAGCCUCUAAUGAUUAUGUAAUAUCCUCUGUGAAAUGCUCUUCAGUGUGUGUAAUCAAAAGACCAGAGCUCCUACUAAGAGUUGAUUCAUGGUGUCAGGACGACUAGAUAUUCUCAAGCAAAACUACAUGCAUGUGAACGGCAUAACAUUCAUACACUAUAUGAGCUAUAUAGCUCCCAUCUUCCAGAGAGAUUGCCUAAGUAAUGAACUGAUGGUACAUGUUUUUAAAGCUUGUGUUCUGUUUCAUAAAGGAAAGAAAGAGGCAAGCUAAGUAUAUGGAAACCUAUUUCAACAGUACGAAAGGAACGAAAUAAACAGACAUCAAAGGAAAACAAGUUUGAGCCAGUAGCAUAAGGCAGAUUGUUCCCAUUUUAAAUUUGCAGUGAUUCAAUUGGAAGAGGUGGUAGAGAUUUGUUGAAUUUCAUUAUUAGUCAGAUUACUGGCUUUUAUUGCAUUGUGUCAGAUCCUUAAUGUCAUUUCAAAGUACUGUUUUAAUAUUUAAUUUCCUUCUAUAGAUGAGGUCCUAUAAUCAGACAUAGCCUUAAGCACUCUGAACCCACCACCAGGAAUUCAUAAAGCCACUCGCACGCACACGUGCUGAUGCACUCAACUGUGCACAAACUAACACACAAAGGCAUCUACUGCACGCUUGGAAAUAUUUUACACAUUCUGUCUUGAGAAAGGGAUUUAAAUUUGAUUUCACCCCGAUAGUGCUAGUUAGACUCCAGCUGCAUUCAUUCCCCCCCCCCCAGCGAAUGUAAAGAACAUAAAUUUCAUUCCUAGCCGUAAAACAAAGGAUCUUGAUUUUCUUCUCGUGCAUUUGCUUGUGAGGGUUGUAGUCUCCUCUGUGUGAAUCCAUGACAAAAGUUCUGUUUGCUCAUUUGUUCAACUGUACAGGAAAGUUAAGUGUACCUGAAGUACUGAUGAGAAUAUUGUAACAGUAAAGGCAAUCUAUUGAUAAAUCUCUUUUUUAUAAGCACUGGGACAAACUAUUUUUGCUUUCACAGUUCUGGGACUCCUUUCUCCAAUUCCACCACGAUGCUGUGUCUUCUUUUAUAAGUAAAGGAAAGUGUCAGCAAAGUUUACCUUCAUUUCCUCUUGCCUGGCAAUUAACCAGUUAUGCAAGAUGUAAAACAUUUUCUCUUUUUUUUCUUUUUUUCCCGUAUGUUUUCCAUUAAAAAAACACCAAAACCUCUAUAUCUUUAAGAAUUCCACCCACGCCAGUCAAAAUGAAGGAUGCAGGCAAUUAAUUAAAUGGCCUCAGUAGGUUGAUGGGAAAUCAGGACCAAUGCAGGAAGCCUGGAUCGUAACCUUGUCCACCUAUAGGCAAGGAAUCAUAGUUGCUUUUUUUGUGCCAAGGGCUACUUUCAUUCAUGUUCCUGGAGAUUGAAGAGUUGGCUUUUUUUUUUUUUUUUUAGCAUUUUAAUAGAUUUAUAUUCCAGUUAUUAUUAUGCGUUUCCUAAAUUGGCCAUAUUUGCUGAUUUUUUUUUUAAUGGGAAGGAUUAAAUGUGGGCUGAUGAUACCUUUGCUAUGUUGUGUAUGAUUCUGAGAUGCUUGGUUGAUUAAGUCUGUUUAGUCAGAGAGCUGAACAAAUUAGAGAGGAGAAAGUCAAAUCAAUUGUUGGCCCUGCAUUUAUCAGUGAGUUUAAUGGCUCUGCACAAAGACAGCCUGACUGUAAUGUCUACAUCACACAAUGUUACUUGAACUACUCUGGCAUCAGUUCUAAUGGCAGUUGGAUGCUUUUAUUCUUCCAUUAGCACUGACCGGGAGAAAUUUUACUAUAGCAUUUUCGAUAAUUGCAAGAGGAAAUAGAUUUUUAUUAUUUCACCUAGUAACAACAAUGACAUAUAGGACAUUAAGGGCUUCCUUUAGAUACGUUUUCCACAGAUUAUCUGCCUAUGUAAAUACAAAACGUUUCACGUUGAUGAAUGUGACGUUUUACUGAGUUUUAAGGGUUUCUUCAUUCAUCUCAGAAGUAAGUUUUGAAGUAUUUGCACUUCAAUGAAUAAUAUUCAAAGUACCCUUUGCUUACACGGUUACCAAGGUAAAAAGGCUGUGUUAGAUAUCAAGGUUUCUUAUACGGAUCUUUCCGAGUUUUCAUUCCUUACAUCUUUGUCAGAUUAGUCUUCAGAGACUUUUUACCAUUCACUUUGUACGCAGAGAUUAAUUAAAGCAGCUUUCUCCCCGCUCUCUCCGUACCCACCAUGUUUACUUGGUGCCCUCAGAUGGCAGUAAGGGGACACUUCUCGCGAGCGUGGAGUGUUUUGACACUUGCGUAGUGGAACACAUUUCCUGAGGGUAGUCAUUCCAGAUUUCUCCCCCGAAUGAUGACAAUCUGGCGUUGGUCCCCUGUGCUCCGUUUCUACUGAGGCGUGUUCCAAUAUAUUUGCAUCUACUUUGUGCUCAUUCUUAAGCAACUAAUCAUUCUUAAGAAACUAAUUAAAGAAUUUUAUACUCUUAAACAUAAGGAGAAAGCAUCACAGUUGCCUCUGCUCACCAGUGGCAAUGGCUGGUUUAAAGUACCCGAAUGAAGUAACAGGAGGAACCCAAAUACCUCGGCCCUACCCGUUUCCCUCCGUCCUCUCCAGGCAGCCCAAGGGAUGAACAACAUAGUUCUUAUUCGUGGAAACUCGGCCUUAGGAAUUUUUGAUUCCCCACGCACAAAUAUGCAUGACAGCUUGGGACCACACGCUAGCAUGGCCGACUGGUGACAUACAGAUCUGUGUGGGAAAAGCAAGAGGCAAGCGUUUGCUUCAUAGAAAGACGUGUCUGUAACAUGGUCAGGGGGUAAGUGUGGUCCCCCCUCAAGGGCGGUCAGCGUCUGGCUCUGAGCGUCUUCUGAUGGCUGGCAUAAAUUGCUUCUCAAAGCCUUUGCACUGUGCUGGUGAUAUAAAGGAGUCAGCUUCUUGCAAGAAUAGUCCACUUAUAAGGAAUGUUUUUCUUUCACUGCAGAGAAUGCUUUCAAGGAGCGAUUCAGAAUGAUAGUUUCAUGAUUACGGAAAGGAGUCCCUUCUCAAACUGAAAAAGGACAGAUUAAAAUGGCCACGAAGCCUCCGGAACUGAAACUGGGCGCAUUUUAUGACCGAUAAGUACUUAAAUUCAAAGCAACCUGUAUUCGUGGGGCAUAUACUGUAUCUGAUACUUCAUAGAACCCCCUUCAGUUUGGAGUUCACACGUAGCCGUACCGUGAUGGGACUUUCUUCACAGUCCCUAAAAACAUCUUUCUUUUAUUGAGGGCUGGGCAAUGUUACUCCCCUCGUGUGCCAUCUUUCAUUCCUGCUUUUUGUUUGUUUCCAUCCCGUUCCAUCUUUACCCCUCCCCCUUCCCUUCUUUCCCUUUCUCUCUUUUCCCCUAGUGUCUGGGACAGGAAUAUAAAGUCUUCACUAACUUAGGGUGACACAAGAGCUAAAAACGACUUCAUGGCAUGACCGGCUCACUUCCAAUAGAAAAAAAAGCCAACCCAAGCCAUAAAGUUGAAAAUUGGUUUUGUGUCUGACACGAUGGUGCUCCCAUCACUGGCAGAGAGACGGGGCACUGUUGUGCAGUUAAGGCAAACGCUCUGCUUUUUUUUUUUUUUUUUUUUUUUUUUUACGGUAUCCUCUCUUUCUCCGGUUCAAUAUCAAAAAUAUAGACAGAAAUCUCUUCUGUUGUCAUGGCAAUACUUCUUCCCUGUAGGAUUUCAGUCAUUCCAGGCACGUUGCACGUGGUUUUCUAUCAUCAACCCAGCCCAGGCUUGCUCUGGGUGAUUCCGUGUGGUUUGUUUAAGUAGGAACUAGCUGAGCGAUCCCUCGCCUCGAUACAGUUCUGGACUUCAGAGACAAGCCCCUGGCUCUUUCAAAAGUAGCGCAUCCUCCCUUCUGUCUGUGGCCAUUGAAUUCUGGCGCCUAUUUUCUGAUUCACUAAUUCAUUCAACUAAUAUUUACUGAAGACCUAGAAAGUCAGCCACCGUGAAUUUGAGGGUUGUAUAUUGAAGUAAAACAACUAACAUAUACCAUGUGUCGACUCUGUGCCGGGACGAUCCUCUGUGCGUCGUUAUCGCCACAGUCCGCAAGAACCGUGCAGGGUGGGUAUUAGCUCCGUCCUGCAGAGGAAGGAAAUAAUGCGCGCAAAGGUGGGACACCUUGUCCAGAGUCGCCCAUUUCAUACGUAAUGGACAGGAUUUGAAUGAGAAACCUAACUCUAUAGCUCCUGCUUUAAUUACACAUCUUCUUUUUUAGCCGUAUGAUUCCAUUUUUGUAUAAGUCGUUUUAAGUAAGAAACUGAUCAAAGUUCUGAACUGUGAGAGCCAAACCAGAUUUUUAUAAUUGUGGAUACCAUUCAACCGAUGACUAUUCUGACUCUUUGAGUUAAAAGUGAACUUGUUUUGGUUUUUUGGUUUUUUGGUUUUUUGGUUUUUAAUUCUUUGAUGGCUUUUAUACAUGCAAGUCUAAAAGAUCUCAGAGUCUAGCGGGUUUUUUCCUCACCUGGGCCAGUCAAAAUUGUGGACUAUAUUCCCCAGUUAUUCUCAAGUUACACACAAGCAGGUCUGCCUACAGAUUUUGUAAUCUGCUGUCUGUUUUGUCAGUAACAAAACCAAAAACAAUUUCAGUAGUGAACCCAGCGGGUUGCAAGCUGAGUUUUCUUCCACUCCGCUUCUGUUAAUACUCCUGUAUUUAGGGACAAUCCAUUUGAAAUUGUAACAUGGUCACAAGGUUAUUUUACUAAUCGAUGACCUGCCUAUGCUUGGCGAGAUGCUUUUAAAAUGGAUUUUGGACCUCGUAUUAAUAAGAUGUAAUGAAGAGUUCGGUGACAGGUGGUCAUUCUAUUGAAUCGUAAACUGGGGUCCUUUUUGGUAACCACUCAGUAAUUGGUAGAGUAACUUUCUGCUUUGUGUGGGAAGAUAAUAUUUUUAAUAAAAUACAGCCUAGGUGACUGGCUAUCAGAGACAUGUUAAACUUUCUCAGAUACCUACCUGGAUCAUCUAAUAAGCUAAAGCAGAGAUACUAAAAAUACCUGGUCAAACCGCAUAGGGGCGUAGAGCAGACACACAGCAAAUCCUUGUGACAUGUCAUGAGAUGGCCCUGGGCAGCCUAAAGGAAUUAGUAAGCCUUCUCAGAUAUCUACACUGCAACCAUUUAUCCCCCACUGCACAGUUAUUUCUAAAGAAAGGAAGAGAAAUGCUAACAAAGUAAUAGAUGACAUUGUUACUGCUUCUAGGAUGAAGUUAACUGAAUGCGAAGGAUCCGAGAGUGGCCGUUCUAUCAAGAACGUCAGGGAAAAUGGUUUUGACGCUAUAGGCAAAGUAAAUUUUUGUCAUUUUUACUUGACUCCAGCUCUCUGCCGGGCUCAUUGCUAACUUCAGGUUUUGACCAAGUUAUUUAUAUGAAAUAUCUCAGUGUACCAUAGGGAAUUGCAGGUUCUUUGAAAAUAAUGACAAAGAAGACCCAAAUGAGAAAUUCCAUCUCUAUAAUUAGUUUUCCUGAAAGUCAGGCAUGUCUUUGAGGACAAGCUUUUGGCUGUAUUAUUUUUGUGCACAGGAGGAAAAUGGUUAGUAGGUUUAUAGAUAUUAUUUUUAUAAUAGAAUGUUAAGUCCCCCCCAAAACAUCAAAAAUUGUCUUCUAGAACUACUCUAUGUUUUUAAAACUUGUUUUACAAGAGGAUUCCAGAUAGCAAUAGGAUCUUUUCUCCUUCCUCCAAUGAUUUAAUGGGAUAAAUGAACCAAUGUUUAUAUUUUUAAGCCUGUAAAUAUUUUAUUUUGGGUAUUUUGUAUAUUUGUUGAUAUAAUUCCAUUUUGUGCAUAUGUAUCAUUGUGCAUGUUGCUGUUUUUGAUAGCCACUCUUUUAAUGAAUGUAAGAAGCUUGAACUAAUAGCACUUUUCUUGUUUCAUUCAAACAUCUUAAAAUGAAAAUACAACACUGCCAUUUUAACUGUUGUGUUCAAUUCAGCCAAUAAAUUUUGUUGCUCCUUUA